CACAGAAACAGCAACAAUGCCUGCCUGGAUCAUUCUGAGUUUCGACUUGGUGUGGCAGACAUGUCCCCUAGUUUUCCGUUUUUUUUGUUUGAAUUAUCACAAUUUCUUAGCAAAGACAUGUUAAGAGUAGUGCUUAGCUCUAGUGCGAAUGUGUAGUGAACGUUUAAAACAAUCUCAAUAGGACUUGGACUGUAGCAAAAAUGCCAACCACACCGGAAAGUGAUUACGAUACAGUGACCAACGAGGGGCUGCUGUCGCUGCUAAGAAACGAUUCGAAGAAUAUAGUGAUUCUUGACUGCCGUAGUUCUAAUGAAUUCAGCGAGUCUCAUAUACGGGAUGCUGUUAAUUUUUCGAUACCGUCAAUUAUGUUACGGAGGCUGGCUGCCGGGAAAAUCGACCUAGCUUCCACCAUAAAAUCCAGAGAAUUGAAAACAAAAAUCUGUAGUACAUACAAGGAUAAUCUGUUCGUGAUAUACAAUGAUUUGUCUGCCGCACAACAUUAUCAGAACGAUUCAGUCUUCAAUGUUUUGUACAGAAGGUUAGCGCAAGAUGGCUGCCAUGUUGUUUGCCUUGAAGGAGGUUUCACCUCGUUCCGAACCGCUUACCCAGAGUGGUGCAAUGGCUGUUGCUGCGGCUCAGACGGGGGCACAGGUGGCGACCAACCCUCAGACGGCUCCCCCGCGUUGGGAGGUGACACUCUCCCGUUAAUGGGGUUGCGGUCAUUGAGGAUUUCGCAUGCCCCGCUCACCCCUACAUCGACAGGUUACAGACACCCGCUCGCCCUAGCGGCGGACAGCUCGACUGAUAGCUCGGACGCGGACGAUCGCUGUGACAGCUCGCUUGGUUUUGAGGACGACAGAGAAUUUCCUGUGGAAAUUCUACCAUACCUUUUCCUGGGCAAUGCGGCAAACAGCGAGGACCGGCAAGCGUUAGCCAAACAUAGUAUACAAUACGUACUGAAUGUAACUCCAGACCUGCCUAACGUCUUUGAAGACCAAGGAAACAUAAAGUACAUGCAGAUACCUAUUACGGACCAUUGGUCUCAAAACUUAGCUAGUCAUUUUCCUAAAGCCAUAGAAUUUAUUGACGAAGCGCGGACAAACAAGAAAGGUGUGCUGGUCCAUUGCCUAGCAGGCGUGUCGCGCUCUGUAACCAUCACAGUCGCCUACUUGAUGUAUAAGUGCUCCCUUAACCUGAACGACGCUUUCAACGUGGUGAGGGCCAGGAAGUCGAACGUCGCUCCCAACUUCCACUUUAUGGAGCAGCUGCACAACUUUGAACGGGAGCUGAAGCUGGACGUGUCAUCGCAGAGCCCCCUGCCCCUGCUCGAACAGAUGCGACAGACGGUAAGCUGAAACGAGGAGAAAAAGACUAAGAGGAACGACCGCACCAGCGGAGGCGACCAACCCCCAAAGCAACAACCGUGCAAGAACUGCGGCCUGACGGCAAAGGAUUGCAAAUGUAAACAGCACACCGAGUUCCUGUCCCCGUUGGCUCAGAUCGGGGUCAGCCCCGAUUCGGGGAUCGAGUUCGACCGAUGGGGCUCCGGCACGCCGGGUGAAUGAGACAGACAGGGAGGAUCGCAGUGGCAGUUCUAAGGCGGAGCAUUUACUAUAAGACUCAUGCGGGUCUCACGUAGUCGUCUCUCUCGCACACACACACAUACACGUGUUUUACGAGCUAAAUAGUUUUUGUCACUUUGCGUUUGUGAUAGCGGGCGCAGCUUAGAUAAUAAUCAGCUACGAAACUUUCCUGCCAGUGUCAAAAACCGCCGCCAUUUCGGCGGAGAAAAUGGCAUAUAAAUUCCCUUAGUACAACGAUGAAAGAUGUUUUGGUCUUCAGCACCAGCCGGUAUUGCCCCGUACCAUGACAGCGGUCGUGAACCAAUAAUAAAAAGGAAUUAUGUUUAUCCAAAAAUAAGCGACGAAGUAUUAAUGACUAUUCAUUAAUGAAACUUUAAAAUAAAUUGUAACGGUGGAAGUAUUUACAAUAAACGGAAAAAUAUUCUCGUAUGCCAUGUAUCCUUCGCUGCUGCCAUACAUUCAGUCUAUUGCAUUUUCAAUGUAAACACCGAUAAAACACUAAGCAAACACAGGAUUCACUGAAUCACACGAAUUUCCGUGCAUUUGUUGUGGAAAAAAACUAGAGCAAACCUUCAGUAAAAUGACAACCAACGCAAUCUAACCGCGACAAAGGCUCUGAAAUUCUUGUGAUUUCGUGAACGUUGUAUUUAUCUAGCGUUUUUAGCAGUGCAAUGGAUUUGUAAUAUCACAGCAGCGUAGAAUACAUUGCUAAAGUAAAUCCUUUUAUUGUAAAUACUUCCACCAUUACAACCACCAUUUUUUAUACUCCAGCUACCAUGAAGGCCUAAACACCCGUGGGGUUAUAGGGGGAUACAGGGGAAAAGGUGAAAGGGAGGGGAUGCCACACGGACGAGGGAACACGUGCAUGCAGCAUGCACACAUUCUGGCCCCGCCUACGAGAUCCUCGGGUGGUACCUCCGCAUACGACAGUCAGAGACCGUCUACCACCUACGGAUAAUCACAACAUCCAUAGCCAAGAGAAAAAUUUCUCUUGGUACGGGAUUCGAACCCUCGCAGCGCACAGCGUCUACCCGUGCGGCCACCGCUGCUGCCUGAAUUUUGAAGCUUUUUGAUAAAUAAAUAGUCACCAAUACUCCGUCGCUUGGUUUUGUACAUAUUCCUUUUUAUUAUUGAUUCACUCAAACUACACUAGAUCAUAUCAAAAUAUUAUCACUUUAAGAUUGCUGGCUUGAUACCCGGCAACACCGGCUGCUGUUGAACAUAUAAAACCUCUUUCAUCGGUGUACUAGGGGAGUUUACAUGCGACUUUCUUUGCCAAAAUGGCGGUUGUUUUUAACAGUGACAGGAAAGUUUCAUAGCUGAUUGUUAUCUAGGUGAAUUCACACCAUCGCAAAGAGUGAUUUUCUCGAAGUACAAAAUCUAAUCGACCAUUUUAGUAAGGUAUCAUUGAUGUUCAAAUCAAUCCUCAGCCUCCAUUUCUGUUUUUGAAGCCUUUUGUGCUGCUGAAAUAAUAAAAUCUGAAUGGUAAUAUAAUGUUAGAAGAACUGCAGUGCUUGAAUAUAAAAUAUGUUUAGUUCUCAUUUUCAUAUUCAAAUUGAAAAAUUAUUUAUCACAAAAUUGAAUGGUCAUUAUCAUAACUACUAAACUAGAGGGAGUAUAUAGAUUUUCAUCUGCCAAAUUGUAAUAUUAGCAAAAGUAGAAAAUAUGUGUUUCAAAUGGGAGUAUUUGUAUUUAAUAAAUUGAAUAAUGAUAUUAAACAGAGUUCGGAUUUAAAAAUGCUUAAGGUGAAAUUAAAAAAUCACUUUAAAUACCUAAAAUGUAUAUCGAUAUAACUUUAAUAGACAAGAAUGUAAAUUUACAGAAAAUUGUUUCAAAAAAUGUAUAAAAGAAUUAAUUAUACAAAAUUGACAUUGUAGCAUUAAUGCUAAAUAAAUCUUCAACAUGCAAACAAAAAGUCUCAACUGCAGCAGUGAAACAUUGCCAGAUUGUCACCUUUACGUGAUACGCUACCAACUAAAGUUUUAAAAUUGUUCUCUCUUCUCUAACAGACAGGACCCUUUCGCAUCCGCGGGCCGUAGGCGAUAUACAUAGCUUUCUUCUACCGCUAUACCAAUGGGCUUUGCUCCUUAGAGUUCUCCUCCAUGAUUCCGUCCCGCGAUGUGCCUGCCAGAUCCGCCUCCCAUCCUAACCGAGUGGCAAUUCCUAAAUUCAGAACUGGCCGACCAGAAACAUGAGGAAGCUAUUCUUAGUUCUACUAAUCUUAGGUUGUUCAAAAAUCGGAUUAACAAAAUUUCUUGGGGUUCCUCAUAGCAGCCGCUCUACGCUGCCAUUUAGGCUUCAGCCUGCGUGGCUGCUUCGGUGUAAAAAAAGACAAACACAACAUCCAUCGCUCGACAUUAACUUCCAAGGUGGAUAUUCGAACCCGCGAGCCUUCGAGUCAAUGGAAAAGCAGCUGGACGCGCUAACACACUUAGGCUACCAGCCUCUUGGCUUGAGUUUAUUGGAGUAGUUCCAGAAAGUGAACGAAAACAACGGUCACUGGUUACCCAGUUGCGUUUGGACAGUAUUCAAUUUCUCAAGCUCCACGCAUGAUGUACUUAGUUGAUCAGUUUACUUAUUUCAUAUAUCAUUGAUAUGUAACAGACAAAAUUUUUGAAAAGACAAAGUAUCAGGAAAAGAUGUAAUCGAUAUUUUCAAAUUCAAUAUAUGAACCAUAAUUUCAUUUAUUCUGUUUAAAGAAGCCUGUCAUGGAAGCAGGAACAUCAGUAACCUUAAAGAAUGAUGGAUAUGCUGAGACCUACUGUAGAUAUGUCAAGACUUAAUAAUACUUGUACUUAACGAAAAUUUCACCACCAGACCAGAUUAGUAGCUGCUGACUCCCUGGAAUUUCCUGGCUAGUUCAAAGGUAGAAAUGGAGAGAAGUGCUCAAUUUGAUAAUCAGUGCCAGUUACCGACAUAUAAAGCAUUUUUUGACUUUGGUAUAAGCUUUCCCGAACUAUGAGUAUUAAGCGUUGGUCAUAAAACAUUCUUCUCAAAUAAUGGGCAGGAAACUUAAAUAAAAUCUAAAUUGCUCUCGAGGCACUACUUUGAAACCAUGUGUUCAGGUACAGUAUGCAAAAACCAAAAGUUCGCCAAUUUUGGCCUAACAGACCAGGUUAACAAUCUGUUUAAAAUAAUCUCAAAAUACUCUUUGGGGCCUUGCAAGCAGGAUUGAAACUUUAAUUUCUAUACUUGGUGACCUCAAAAAUUAUUUUAAGCAUUCAAUAUAUUCAUUUCAGCCAUGAAAUUGUUUAUAACUCAAAAAUGGUCAGCUUUAGAUUAAAGCUAAUUUGAGGCAUUUUUGUUUGGAAUGAUCAAAAAAAAACCAAAAUUUGUCGGGCAUAAAAAAAUGUAUUUUAAUUAAAAGAAUUGUUUUAAACAAACUUAAUCUGGUUCACAGUAGGAUAUAUCAAAUGCUUAAAAACUCGGUAAAAAAGUAACUAAAUUAAAGUCAAAACCUUACUCUAGAAGACUGUUUACAUUAGCUUACUUUCAAGCGAUUUCAACCUUGUUUUUCGGGGCAAAAUUGGGGAACUUUUGGUUUUCAGUUCAUCUUAAAUAUGCUCGUUUUAUAUUGACGACAUAAAUUUUCCAUGAAAACGUUUAUACCAAAUUGCUGUCCAGUACCUUAUAGAAGCUUGCACACUGAAGAGGUAAUAACACAAAACAUAAUAGUAAUAAUCUUUCACUACAUUGAUCGAAGCCUACUACUUGUUGCUUCUCAAUCCGCUUUGUUUUAAUAGAACAACUAUUUUUUUCUUCUUACGUGCCAUACAUGUUCGAAAAACUAGAGUCAAAAUCACAUAUAAUAUUGCGCUUUCCAAUAGUAUGCAUCCUUUAAUAUGCAAUGGAAAGAAAGGCUCCUUCCGAAAAAUUGCUCCCUUUUCGGAGAUUGUCACUAUCUUCUCAAUGAGAAGUCUUUCAAGAAGAAAGAGAAUAUCUCAAAAUGAGAACAUUGUUGUCAUCAAGCGUCUGUAUUGAUGACAGAUUAAAUUUUCGUUUGAAGAAAUGUAUCCACUUUAAACCAAUGUACAAGGAUGUUAUAUGUGAUUUUAGGAUGUCUAGUUGAAAGUACCUUUUUGUAAUUAUAAGGAAUGUAAAGUAACGCGACUUAACUUUUUCAGGGCAGAUUGAAUUUUACUAGUAAAUAGUCAGAUUGCAUAUUCGAUGUAAUGUUACUGAAGUUAAAACAGGCCAAAGCAUGUUUGUGAUAUCUGUACUAAGUGCUACUUGAAGAUUAUAUAGUUUUCAAACAUGAUUAUUUGGAGGACGAAAAUUGUAAAGAUCAAACGUUUAACAGUUAUUAAAAUAUUAUGUUUUCAAUCUGUAUUUUUUCAGCAGUCAUGCUCAUAUGAAAAAGUUGAUCAUAAACAAUGCGUUUUAUUUUAUUUUAAUCGCAUUGAUGUAGAUUAAGAUUGAGACAAUCCAGUCAGUAUAACCUAUAGGAAUAAGGUUAAUAUUAGAGAAUAUACUUUGCACUAAUAUAACUCGGAUAUAAUUGUGAGACCCGCAUUUGAGUCAAAAUGCCUAGUGUCAUUGUCAUCCUCCCUUUCAUUUUUUAUUUGAUCGUUUUUCUAGAUUUAAGCUUUAACGAUCAUUAUGCUGUAUAUAUGUUUUAUCCAUUUCAUGCAAUAAACUUCAUUAUUGAAAUCAAAGGUAAUCAUAUUUAUGUAUCUGCCAUAACCAGAUUAUGGAAUUUCUUACCAUAUUAAACGAUAUCUUCGAACACCGAUUCAGCAAACAUUUUAUUUUGAAAAUAUAAAAUUUGAAGCUUACUACGACGGUGGUGAUUUAGACGUUAAGAGAUGGAUAGGUAUGCUGCAUUCUUCUCGCUUUAACUGUGUCGAUCACGUCAAAGUCACUUUCCCGGUAGAGUACAAGAAGCUAUAGAAAUGAUUUACCCCUGACACCAAUAACAAAACUAGACUUCAAAUUAGUGACAUAAACAUAUAAAUCAUUCAGUUUGACUUCUUGUGACCGUAAAACAUUCGUGAGUUUUAUCCCCACUUUCCAAGAGUUCUCUGAUUACCAUUUUCAUUUUGAUCAGUAACACUGUUGCAGACUUGGUAGAAUAAACUUUGCGUACCGUAAAAUGAGGUUACUUUGCUGGUGCAAAGUCAAUUAACAUAGAAAAAGUGGUCUUUUUCUAUGUUAAUUUUUGUAUUGAUACGAAUAUCCAUCGAAGAGAAGAAAAAACUACUUGGUAUCAAAAUUCAUUAUACGGGCCACAAGGAACCUGUACAAGUAUUUUCAAUGCAAGGUUGGUAUUCGAAUACUGGUAUUCAGAAUCCAGGAUACCGAGUACUUACCAAAAAAGUAGUCAAUCGAAUACCAAAUACGAACACACAAAUUAAUGUAUUCUGGAUAGGAUUCAAAAUACUUCUAGUAUUCGAAUCCUACCCAAGUCUGCACUGUUAUGAAAAUAAUUAAUGUGAAACAAUAUAGUGGUCAUCCAUAUAGCAUUCUGACAAUUUUAUUUGCAUCUUUCCUACAAUUAAUUUGAUAAAGGCGUUGAAUAUAAUUUUCUAGCUGUUUACAGACACCAUCUGAAAUGUAAGUGGUUUUUCCAUAAUCUGGCUAUACCGAUUAAUUAUAUGCGUAAUAUCUGCAUUUUGAGAGAACUCGAUCUCUAUUUAUAGACGUAGAGGAAGCCAUAACUAUUUUCAUGAGAAAUUGACCUCCGUAGUGCCAAUAACAUAGCAAAUAUACAGUAUGUUCCCGCUAAUUCAUUACACGACCCAAGUAUCAUAAGGAGCGUAAAUGCAGAACAAAUACGUUUACGUAAUCGUGUCCUCUUUUUUUAUACCUAAUAGCUCCUGUACAUUAGCAGAAUCAGUCAGCUUAUUCGUUUGUGACUACUUUUUCUGGGUCAGAGCCCUGAUCGAGUCACUGUGAAAUUUUGAUUUUCAUGCUUAGAUAAAAUUGCUGCUUGGUUAAACUGAUGUUGGGAGGUUAGUAAAACAGAUAGCACAGCAGAAGUCAGUACUUUUUUCGUACCCGGGCAAUAGGAUGAGGAUGUGAAAUAAGAUGUAUUAGCCUCAGUUACAUCAGAAACGGACAGUGAUGAUUCUAAGUUGCCUUCCCAUCUUUGAUAAUUGGUCUGCUGUUUGGUGUUUUGGUAUGUUGAAGUAACCAGGAAUCUAGGCUAUUGUAAUGUUUGAGCUCUUCUCGUUAGCUUCCUGAAUUAAUUUUUCUUGUGGCAAGGCAAACCCUGUUUGACAAUUUGUGCUAUAGCACAUCGAGAAUUAUAUCAGACUGUUUGCGAUUUUCUUCUCCACUUCAGCUGUUUAGCAUGUAAUCGCUCACUCACAGGUGAACAGUGCAGCAACCAGUAUCAACACUUUUCUCAUAAAAAUGAUAAAAUAAUGCAUUUCUGACAAAAUUAUUCAGUAAUAAUGGCAUCAAUCAAACAUGCUUGUAUCAUUAUGUUAUAACAAGAUGGUUCUGAAUACGACGCUGACUGUGCUUACAUCUGCUAUACCUUGGAUGAUGUAGUUUAGAUACUGCCUGUAAAGCGACGAAUCUCGACGGGUUCUAUACCAAAUCAUGGACCGCUGGACUAGCGGUCCCGAGUGUUGUCAUUUAGACAGAUUUACACCCCUGUGAUGCUCGAAUUGUUUUGUAUUUAUGGUAACAUACUGUAUGGUUGUUCGCGUAUUAAAGCUAUUUUCUAUUUUAAUAUUAGUUCUCUAUUAAAGUUUCCUGGAAUGCAUUUUUUUAAACUUUUGGGAUAUCUCCCCGAUUCUGUUGUCUCAAUUGAAUCGUAAGUGUUCUAAAAUAUGAACACUGCUUUACAGUUUUCGGGUAUAACGAUUUACAAUAAAAUACCCUAUAUUUUUUGUAAUUGAAUGAGUGCUUAAAAUGUAUUCUUAAAACGCUAUGUUGACAAAUUUUACGAUGUAUAUUUGACUGCUUGUCCCAUGUAUCAUUGCGUUCUUCAAUCAAGAACAGCCGAGUGAAAAAUACCAUAACAGAAAAACUAUAUGUGACAGUUCUUCCAUUGUCUUACCUUUUAUUCGUACAGAUUCUACAAUUUUGGAACUUCGGAGGCAGUCAAGUUCUUUCAAGUUGCGAAAUAAUAGUUUUUAAAUUUUAUAUGAUGUUGUAAAAUGACUUAUUAUAUUAUUUGUAGACUAAUUCAAUCGAUUUUUGAGUGACUUUAGCGGGCCAGUAGUUUCGCUGAUAUUGUCGCCAUAUUUGUUGUUAAACCCACUCAAAAAUCAAUACUCUGAGAAGCUUUGCUCCAAAAUGUAAGAAUAUCUUGAUGUUCUGAUAAAGAAUAACCGUACCAAGACUGUGUUCAAUUCCGGUCAACUAGCCUGUGAGUGUAUUCUUUCAGCCAAUUGAGUGUUGCCAUGAUCUGAUUCAGAAAUAUAACAAUGCAACAAAAUGAGUGCGUAGACGUAGACAUGCCUACGCUAGUUAGAAAAUUGUUAUUAUGUUGCUGCUUUGAAAAAUAAUCGUUGAAGUCUAACUUUACACUUUCCUGCACAUUUAUGUUAAUUUGAUUUCAUCAAAUGAUGUUACGUUUUGGAGUACACGUCUCAGUAAAUUGUUUUUGUAUCAACGUUGUGCGGAAGGCAUGAGAGAAAAAGCAUUGUUAUGAAGCGUAAAUUGGAUUUUCUAAAUUUAAAGGGACCUGACGCAAUACAUAUUUAUCAGGUUUACAGAUUAUAUUGACUUUAAUGUUUAUGAUACUGGUGUUUCCUCGGUAAAAUUUCUACCUAUCUGCCGCCGAGAGAUUAAUUCAAAAUGACGAAUCUUACCUGAAGGUUAUAAUAGGAUAAGAAAUCAGUUUUCCAUUUCAAUGGAAUGAAGAUAAAUUGAUAUAUUUUUCAUUUUAAAUAAUUGGAUUCUUAGGAAACAAAUAGGUAGUAAUAUACUGAGGCUAUGUAAAAGUUUCUAAUAUCUCCAAAUUCUUCCAACUGGUUCCAGGUUUACACACUGAGCUGUUUUUGGAAAACAAGUAAUAUACUAUACAUGUAAAAACGAGAAGGAUUUGAAUUUUAUGUGUAAGUAAUACAAUUGGCAUAUAUGUGUGUAGACCUUAGGAACAAUUAUCGUUGAGUAUAGCUGUUCUGUCAUUUCAGCUUUCUCUACUAUGGAUACAAGAAACCCACGUUCAAUGCCACUAAAAUUUUAUAAGCAAAGCAAAUUUAUAUUUUAUAUUUUCCAUGGUCGUUCCUACAAUUGUAGGGCGCCUUUAUGGCCUCCUUGAUUGUCAUAGUUUUCUACCUUCCCGUGUCAGCGCUCUAUUUUGAGGUUAUGUCACAAAUAUCUAUUUGCAUUAAAUUGUGCUUGCUUUUGAGUUAUAACAUGUUUUAUCAGCCUGAAAUUUCCUACAAUUUAAAAAGAAACCAUAUCUUCACAAUAGGAGAGCGCUGACGCUGACACGGGACAGGUGCAAUCUAGAAUUUUUUGAAGGAGAGAAAGGAGUAUGACAAUCAAGGAGGCCAUAAAUGCGCCUACAAUUUUAGGGACGACUGACCAUACGGGCCUAAACCCCUACGACAGCUAAAACCACCUCUCCGCGGCAGAUAUAACCUGUUACUUGAUUUUUCUCACAAACGUUUUUUUACUUCCCACGCCUACUGGCAAGGAAAUAAUGUAAUCGCGAAAAUUUUCAAAAUCGAGAUGUAGUUUUUUCGAUGUUAUAUGACAUUUACAUCACCAAAAACCAUGUCACUCAUUUCCGUCUGGUACUUAAAGUACUUAAAGUACGGCUUAAUUUCUCACAUAAGCUUAUUACUAUGUCAAGGACGAAAAGGCUUUGUACUUUUUGGAAAAAGGGGUUAAACAUGGAGGGUUAGGGGUUGCAGGGGGCAGGGAUGGGUAUAUCUCAUUUUUGUGACGGUAGUAUAUUGAUACGCCUCCAACCCCAGUAGUUUUACGCACCUAUUAGAAACAUUUCACUCAUGAUAGAUGUCCCAGUACAUUUACCCUUAAAACCUACAAGUUGGUCAUGAACUUUUUUUUAAUGUUUUUUGUUUCUUACAAUUCCAUUUUAUGAUAGUGGUCCUCAUAAUAUAUUCACUCCACAUUAAAAUUUAUCAUCCAGUUCUUUUUUCCGUGUGCUAUUUAGGUAUUGGUACCUAUGUACUUGUACUUCUUUUUUGCUCUAAUUUGUAGUUAUGUAAGAUGCAUAUGACAAUUCGUCGGUCAGCAAUUAGUUACGUGAACAGCAAAUUUGACCUUUCUCAUGGCUACUACUAUUAUAGCCCCCAGCGUAUCGUCGAUUGCGAGGUUAACUCUGUACCUCAUAUAUAUAUAAAUAUAUUUCAGUGAGUGGAAUUUUAGACUUCUGGAUCAGCUAUACUCGACAGACUGUACCGAGCAAAAAUAGUUUAUGUAUGUAAAGCCACAUUUCCCCUUCCACUUCCAAAUAGAUGUCAGCUGUUUCCAUGUGGAAAUGAUCUAUAAAUAUAAAUUGCAUGUGACAGACUAUGUUUUUGUACUUUUUCAUAUUUUCUUAAAUGUUCUUAAAGAUUUUAAUUUUGUGGUGUACCGAAAGAAAAAUAGCGUCUAAAAGUGUUGUAGUAGUCAGUAUUACUAUAAUAUGUUACUAGCAGGUUUCCCCUUGGUUUUUUCAAAUGUAGUGUUUUUUGGCAGUAAUGGUUUUGUAUUAUUUUGUAUUUUUUUAUGGCUUAAAAACGACUAUUCAGUCCAAAUAUAGCAAGAAUAUAUAUUUAUAUAAAAAAUGUUAUUUAUUAUAGUUGAAAGCAAAUUAUAUAGUGUUCGAUUAUUAAUCUAAAG